AUGCUGCAGCCCCACAGAACUGAAUUAGUUUUAGGAAUCGGGAACCUGGUGUGCGAGCAAUUACGCUGCAUCUCCUUGCUGACCUUACCAAUGUACUGCGGCAAGCCCGGCCGCGGCGUCCUCAAGGCUGUGGUCCUCACUUAUGUCAUUGCUGGACCAAUCACGAACAUGGGCUUGAACGCCAAAGAAGUGGUGCGGGUAUUUGCUUGCAGUACCCAGCUGUCCUACAACUUAUCCAAGACGAGGUACAGCCUCACAAGUGCACCUUUCAAAAAGGCCAUCUUCGAUUUACGGACUGAAGUCAGCCAAAUCAAGGACACCAUAAGGUCAAUUCGUGACGUGGUCACUCCUAUUGAAUAUGAGAUGGAAAACCAGAAUGAAAUGUAUCAAAACCGCAAAAGGAAAUACGAACACUUUGUUCUCAAUAAUUCAAGUCCUGAUGACAAACAGCAGUUACCAAAUUUUGAGGACAAGGACUACUACCAAGCUUUAUACAGUAAAAAACUAGAGUACCGAUGUCAGAAUGUACUUUCGCGCGCUUCUACUUUUUGUAUGGAAAUAUUCGCGUCGGUGUACGAACAGUGCCAGGUGACAUCCCACGAUGCUUCGUGGGUGCUGUGGCGGCCGGUGGAAGUCGCUCGCGUUUGCAACAUAAAAGAAACAAUUGGAGACGAAGAUAUUUGUGAUAACUCAAAAUAUAUGAAUCCAGGACUGGGUGAAGGCUACGACGAGUUGAAAAAAGCAAAAAAGAUCCUCGCAGAUAACAAGGACGUUUCACUACAAUAUAAAAUAAACACUGUGCGAGAGCUUUAUGAUAUCCAGGAUGCGAAAGAAACUGGCGACCGUGUGAUGCAUGCCUUCGAAGAGAAGUACAUCAUAAUGCGCACCGUCAUCACAGCAGUCAAUGUGUGUGUAGCGCUGCUCUUCCUACGCAUCUUCCUCGCAGCUGUGACGUAUCAUGACCAGUACCUGACCAAUAUCGAGUACGAUAACGUGUAUGUUACGAGCUACUUCAAGAGAAUCGAUGCAAGGAGGAAGAAAAAGGAUAAGUACACUCUUCUGCCGCUCAAGAAAAUGGAAAGAAGCAAAUACGUAGACGUUCAUUCCUUUUCAUAUAAAUCGUCAGAACGGGAGAAGCUGGUAACCCACAUCCUGAAGGUGACCCUAGAGGUGGUGACUGCGACGACAUUUGUGAUGCUGGAUCGCCUGUUUUAUGAAGCCCUGGAUGUGGUUCGUCAGCACGCUGCUUCUAGUUUGCCGGGGGACGCUAAUAGAGACUUGGAGAUACAGGUGGAAGGCACAGGCACGCUUGCCAGCAUGAUGCGCAAAGUUCUCGGCAGUCUGAACAAUUCGGGGCAGAGCGCUCAUGAAGUAUCCAACAGCGCCUGCUUGCCUCGGCCACGUCUCAUGCCGCCGUUGUUCUACGUUAAGAUAUAUGGAGGGUACUUGUGGAUCGUUUUGCUGCUGUACGUCAACCCUUACACGGUUCGGCUGAGAAGACUCAUUUGUAGCUACUUCUAUCCCUGUCGCGAAAAGCAAAGAAUAUUGCAUCUCUAUAAUGACAUACUCAAAAAACGUAUGAAGAUGCAGAAAACGCUAAGAAGGAAAGCUAUCCAAGCAGUGCGCGCGCAUUACCUCUCAGGCGAGAACCUUCUCAGCCUCCGCAUCAAAUUCCCGCGGCUGCUGGGCUGGCUGCGGGUGCUGCCGGCCGCGCGGAUGAGCUGCCUCAUCUGCGGCGAGACCGAGCCCCGGAGCAGCGACAGGACUCAGAGCAUAGAGUCCGAAUCGUGGCAAUCAUGCGCCAUGGCGCAGUGUCCAUUCGUGUACUGCGGCGAGUGCUGGCGCGAGGCCGGCGCGCGCUGCCUGGCCUGCGACCCGCGCCUGGCCGAGCUCAGCGACGCCGGCUCCUGGAGCGAGGAGGAGGUGUUCAAGUGCUGA